UUUCUCUGUGUCAUCAAUUUCUAGUCAUCUAGAUCCAUAAAAUUUUAAUUUGAUCAAUGUGAAAAAGUCAUCAAAUUAAAGUAAUAAUAAUGGAAAAUACAAUAACGGCAGCAACAACAACAACAAAUGAUUCCAAUGGUGAUGUUAAUGAUCAUGUUGAAGCGAAACAUGUUUAUGUACUUUUAACUGAUCGAUAUCGUAUAUCAAGAAAUAUACGUGUUGAAUGGUAUUUGGAUAAUUUAAAUAAAUAUUUUCCAGCAUUGUCCAAACGUACAUUGGCUGAUUUUCAAAAUGAAAUCGAUAUCAUAUCGUUUAUUACAUCAUCGAAUGAUACAAAUACAUUCCAAACAAAUCGUCGUUUGGAACAACAACAGCAGCCGCAACAACAACGAAAUGAAAAUUCCAAAUUCUGGAUUAGUUGUGAUACAAAAUUUACAUUUUUUUCAAGAAAAUAUUGUUUCGUUUUUGUGUUGGACAUAUCCACAUCGGUUGCCAAUGUUGAUAUUCAACAUUCGACCGUUUUAACCGAUGAAAUAUAUGAUGUAUUGGCCAAAUGUUUAAGCAAUAUUGUUAAACCGUUUUAUGCUCCUGGUAGUGAAUUUUUAUUUCAACCAGAAAUCUAUAUUACAAUCGUUGCCUAUUUACCAUUCUAUUCAUUGGAUGUGAAUAAUGUGAUUGUACAUGGCUAUAAAUUAACCACCGAAAAUAUUGGCCAAUUGUUAACGAAAGUUUGUGAUAAAAUCUAUUUUUAUAUUGAAAUAUUGAGCCAAAAUAUAUGUUCUGAACAUUUUCGUGAUCAAUAUGGACAUCGUACUCAGGGCCGUUCAAUUGUUCCGGCUAAUCUUUCAUUGAUCAAUAUGAUUCGAUUUGGUCUACUAUCAUUGAAUCUAUUACCCGAGAAUAGCCAUCAAGGUAUUGUGAUAGUAACCGAUGGUAAUACAAGUUUUUCCGAUGCUCAUACAUUGGAAUCAGCAUUGGCACAAUUACGGCUAAGUAUGAUAUCAUGUUCGUUCAUACAUAUUGGCAGUCCACCACAUCCAGAUGCAGCACUCGGUUAUGUUCCAUAUGUAGAUUUCAUGAAUUUCAUCUCACAAGCUACAUUCGGUGCUUAUUUAUCAAUAAGUUCCGAUUAUGAUGACUGUGAUCAUUUUGAAGCAAAUGUUUUCAACGUAUUUCAUCGAGCUUUUUUUGUUUAUAGUUUUAAUCAUGGUUGUUCCAGUUUUAGUAAAUGUUUACGUCCAAAGCGAUCAUCAUCAUCAUCAUCGUCAGUGUCAACAAACAUAUGGGUUAUUGAUAAUCCAUAUUUUUAUUCCAAUCAAGAUGAUGACAUUAUUGUUCGUUGUCAGAAAAAAGAUCAACAAUUAUUACGGCGAAAACAAUUGGAAAAUCAGAUUAAUGCUCAUUUUGCUCAAAUUCUUUCCUAUCGUCUUCGUGAAGGUUUCACUAUCAAACGGGUAAAUCUAAUUCAUACGGAAAAUAUCAUCGAAAUAGCAUUGACAUUACCAUGGCGUCAUAAUGUUAAUAUUGAAUAUCACAUUUCAGCUUAUUUUCGCCGAAACAAUGAAGAUGUUGAUGAUAGUGUUGGCAAUUUUACUAAUUAUGAAGUGAUUGUUGAAAGUAAUUAUAAUUUUCUACAUGAUGCAAGUUGUUCAAGAAAAAUGUUCAAAAGCCCAUUACGAGCAACGACAAUCAAACAAUUCUGUGCAGCUAUCAAACAUUUUAAUGAUUCAAAUAAUCUGGGAAUACAUUUUCAUCAUUUUGCACGUAAUGAAAUUUAUCGUUCCAUACCAGAAAGUAUGCGUAACGGUGUAUCAUUGUUCUAUCUUCAACCGAAUACUAAUGUACCUGAAGUAAGUGUGCCGAAUGAAACACAUUUUAAAUUUGCUCAAUAUUGGAAACCAAUCUGUAUGUUGGACGUGAAUAUGUGCCAAAAAUCAUCGCUACAUACACAUCAGAUCAAUAUCCUAUUGAAACAUGAUUAUCCAUUGCCAGAAUUUCUUUUCCAUCCAAAUCAAUUUGGCCGUUAUGAAACAAUUCAAUGUAAACAGACAAUGUCCGUAUUGAAUGUUGUUCUAAAAGAAUGGAGUUCAUUUGUAUUGUUGGAAAAUCAUAGCUACAUUAAAUUGAUCAAAGAUAAAGAUGAUAAUAGUAGUAGUAAUAAUAGUGGUGAUAAAUCCUGUUCAUUUUAUCUGAUAAGAAUAAUUACACAGCCACCUUGCCUCGUUCUUCAUCUGGCCUUUAUUGGUGGUACAAGCGGUUCAUUGAGAAAUCAGAUUGUUAAUGAUCUUUCGAAAAAAUUACGACAAUGUAAAUUGCCUCAACGAAAUUUAUCAUCAUCAUUAGUACAGAAAUCAGGUGCUGCAGCUACAGUAACAUCAGCCACUGUGGUUAAUAAAUCCGAUCCAAACCAUGAUGAUGAUGAUGAAGAAGAUGAAGAUGAAGAUGACCAUAGUUUGGAUAAAUCGAAUCCUCUUUAUGAUAACCAUGAUGUACAUGAUGAAGAUUUACAUGAUGACAAUAAUGAGGAUUCUAUUAAUGAAGAUAAAGAUCUUUCAACAAUAACUACAACAUCAACUUUGAAUCCUAAUUAUGAUACCAAUCAUGAUGAAUUGAAUGCUCGAAAUUCAAAAGAUAAUGAUCCAACAACACCGACUAUGGCAAAAACAACGACGACAACAUCAGGAUUUGUAACAAUAACAUCCCAUAAACGUAAUAGUUCAAAUAGUAAUAGUUUAUCAGUAAAUUGUUUUGUCAUCCUAAAUCGGCCAAUCGAACGUAUGCUUAUUCGUUAUGAGAAAAUACCAAAAGAUUUCUAUAGCUGUUAUAAAUAUGAAGAAGAUUUACGUAGUAAAACUACUGGACCUCAAUUAACAUCAUAUGCAUCAUUGAACAUGUUUCAAACAUUAGUACGAUUCUUAUAUCAUCAACGUUUCAUAUGGUCAACAAAUGAUCGAUAUGGACCGAAUAAUCGAUUGAAUAUAACAUCUAUUUCAAAGAUUCUAUCCGUUCUAACAUUGUGA